AUGCCAAAAAUCCCUAAUCGGUCAAUCACUGAGUUUCUUAUUUAUCUAAGAAUGAGCGGCCUAAAAAAAGUCAAAUUAGAAGAAUGGGAGAAACAAUUACUACCUAGCGAAAAAGUGCAGAUGUUGAUCGAUACUUGCACGGCGUUAAAAAUGGAACCGGACCUAGUGCAAACUGGCUGGUCAAAGGCUUACGUGUACACCACAGCUGAACGCAAGUACUCCCAGAUCUGGACCAAGGAAGAUGUCCAUGACAAUGAGCCUAUCUAUUAUUACUACAGGAUUCAAAUCCUUGGACUGAACAAAGACGGAUACAAUGAAGAAGGUAACUACUUAUUUGUCCAAAAUUGGGGAGCGUUUGAUACAAUUAAUCACCGCAAGCGCUCUGAUUACUUACCUCUCAGACAAUGUCUUCAAAAAUUUAUGAUUCAGUCAGGUGAGCGAAGUAGAAAUUAUAUUUUCGCUAAAAUAAAAGAAAAUGACAUCAGUAAAAACGAUCUGCCGGAGCUUGUUCAAGAGCUGAUUGCAAAAUACAUUUUUGACGUUGGUUUUCUCAAGAAAAUGAUCGGCGAGUAUACGUUUGAUGUAAAAAAUACAAUAUCCGCAUUUCUUGAAGUUACUUCAAAUGUCCAGGAAGUUACAUCUCAAUUGGUUAGUUAUCCACCAGGUUUCAUGAACCCUGCCCUACCUCGAGCAUUAUUGUCUUAUGAGAAAGCGCGUGAAUUAUUGAAGAAGCAAAUAACUUGUGAGCCAACUGAUAAAAUUAAUGAUAGGAGCAGAACAUUCAGCCUGAUGAAUUUUUAUUACAAACAAUUGCAUACGACAAUUAACGUUCUUGAUAGCACCUCUGAGCGCUACAAAAUAAUUCAAAAAUACUUUACCAAUACCCAUUCGUCCCAGCAUUCUUACGCUUCUCACAUGACGUUGAAGAAUCCUCUAGGUGAGAACGGGCUUUUACCUGAUGGUAAAAAUUCAGUACAUGGAAUAGGACAAACAUCGCCAAAUGCAGACGACUCGGUUAUAAUUGAUGGUGAUGUCUUGGUGCCUUAUGGGAAGCUACAAAAUUCGACUAUGAGAGGCGGAUUGCUUCACGAUGAAUUUAUUGUUUAUAAUCCUGCGCAAAUUAAGAUGAGGUAUCUUAUUACCAUGAGUUUUGGCUAUUCAUGA